AUGGCACUUGUUCAGGUGGAGAGUGGUGAUACGUCUACACCCGAGAAAGCAAAAAUGGAGUAUAUUCGUCUAUCACUUCCUGUAAAAUGUAGUAAAAUGUUCACAGGAAAAGAUAAAGAGGCCAUAAUGCGUUCCCUUCACGAUAUUCAAGAUCGACAACAUGUGGCCGCUCCAAUGAUCAUUCGAGCACCAACGAUUCCCAAAGAAUUUGAGGACUCCAAGGAACCAACUAAGGUUCACUUCUAUUCUCACUGUGUUCGAUGUGACAUUUAUUGUCUGAAAAUUUGA